UACUGAAAUACCAUGGAGGAUAAGACUGACUGUUAGCCCUUAGAAUUUGGUCCUCUUCUUUAUGGGUUUGGGAGUAUGUGUGAAUAUUUAUGUUCUGUUUGCUCUGAAAAUUUCCAAUAGAAGUUCUUGAGAAUUGAACCUCUCCACCCAGAAUAUCAAGUUCCACUGUCCUCAUUUCCAAUGAUGGUUUGCAAUGCAAAUCAUCAGGUUGUUAACACUCAGUACCCUAACCAUGGUAACCAUGGUAACCAAAUGAAGACAAGUUUGCUUUACUUCCUCAGUGAAGUGCUUUCCAGUCCUAUAUUCAGACUUUAUGUCACUGCCAGCAGGUCAGAGGGCAUUAAAGGGACAGCAAGAGGAUUAAUAGAAAUAAAAACAUAGCUGGAACCAUUGUAUCUAUUCCCCACACACUCUUUUGAGUCCAGGACAUCUUACUAAUAACUUUUUUUACUCACUAGUACUUUCUUGCUGCUUUCUUUCCUUAGAGGGGAGAGUAAAGAGAAUCACUAUUUAUCUUUAUCCCCACCUUGAUCAUGCAUCUUGGCAAGCAGACUGUCCUGGCUUUCUAUGACUACUUUUAAAUAGGCACAAAUAGAAACCUAGCUCACAGUUCUGUGGUCACAAAGACUAUUCAGUGUUAGAAGCUGUGAUGCUCAAGGAGCCAGGAAAGCAUCCAAGACCUCUCCAAACACUUUUGAGAACGACUACAGCAAAUUAACUCCACGGGCCACUUCUCUGCUGAGACUCCUUUCUUCUGCUGUGUGACUGGGUAAUUCCUAGGAAGAAAGACUAUUAGCAAUAAGCAUGCUGAAUUACUCUCUUAUGAUGGAGGAGAAGUCACAAGGAGGCCAGGAAAAGAGCAGGAGAGACAUACUGAAAUCGACCAAGCAGGCAUGGGCUCCCCUGGAUGAGCAGCUGCCCCCUGGCUCUGAGGAGGAGGACCACAGUCUCACCACCCCCAUGCUGGAAGAUUCCAAACAAGAAAUAAUUCAGCAGUGGCUGGACUCUGGAUUCUUUGUCUCUGUAAAUGAAAAUUUUCAGCCAGUCGUCGACCACAUUGUUCCUUUUCCUGAAAAAGGAAUGGUUCAAAUGACUGUGAAAGACUACAUGAGAUCUCUGCAUCCAUUUUCAGAAACUCCCACUCUCUCCAGAGGGACCAGUUUCAACUCUUGCCAUUCUGCUGCCAGUAUACCCCAAAGCAUUCCGGAAUGGCUGGAAUUUUGGGAAAAAGAUCCAGUGGAGAUUCUCUUGGAUCUGGGGUUUGGUGCUGAUGAGCCAGACAUCUGCACUCGAAUUCCAGCCAGAUUCCUGGGUUAUGGCUCAGCAGCCAGAGGAAUCAACAUCCCUGUUUUUCUUGAAGCUCAAAAGCAGCGAAUGGACACUGAGAACCCUAACUUGUACAGUCGUUUCCGACAGCUAGAAAUACUGGAUCACGUGGCCAGCGCUUUCUCAUCUUUGCUGAACGAUAUUAACAUCCUGCAGAACAAAGCUGAAGAGGAAGAUGAAGGAAAAGGUGUGCAAAGAACCUCAGUGAGUGAAGCCAAAGAACAUAGAAGAAGAAUAGGUGAACUUUUUAGAAAAGGUUCAAAGCAGAACAUUGGAAAGGAUUAUAACCUGGGAGCAUCAGAGUCACUGAAGACAACAGACAAACUUUCUAUCACCUCUACAGACACAAGGGAGUGUGGAGCACAGGUACCAGCUGUGACAAAGAAAUAUGCCCAAAGUCAUUUGUCUCCUUCGGCAGAGCAUUGGUCUCCUCAAGCCUGUGACAGCUUGACACCUCAUCAUCCUCCCCAGGCUCUCCUGAGCAAACAGUGGCUUCAGUCAUCCAUGCUGAGCAAGCAGGCUCCUCCUUCCUGUGUGGCUGAGGGGUCAGUCAAGGACAGAACUCGAAAGGAGAAUUCAAUGCAGACUAAUAAACUCAAGAGCUUGUCCCGUCUUUCAGGCAAAGCACCAGACUCCUUCGAAAUGGAAGAGGUCCAGAGCUUUGAAGAAGAGACCAGCAGUCCUCUCGACAUGACUUCAGGAACUGCAGCAGCCGUGGCGAACAGGGCAAACAGCUUCCAAUCUGACAGCAGCGGGUUCCUGGAGGAGCCCCCGGAGCCACCAGCCCUGCAGAUAAUUCCCUUGUCAAGCAGCCCGAGUCUUGCUGAGAAUGGUUAUGGAACGCCAAGGGCUCAGAGCCACAGCUUAGAGUCCUGUCAGCAAGAGUCAGAUGAGUCUGAUUCCAAGAGUAUAGUGAGCACAUCUUUUUCAAGUCAAGACUGGAGUGUCUUGGAAGAGAAAGCCUCAGCCUCUAUGGUGGAGAAAGAGUCUCAGUCAGAGGGCAUGGGGUUGACCGCAGAGCUGUGGACCCAAGAUCUGGCCCUUGAUAAGAGCAUCCCUAGGGGAGAACUCCCAAGGAAAUGUGGCCAUCUGCAGCAACACCCGCCCGUGCCCCAAACUGAAUACGAGGCCACUGCACGCACAUUUCCCUUCAAAGAUGGUAGCUCUGUGGGUGUUACGAUGACACACAUCACAGAUGCCAAGGAUGGGCUUCUGUGGCCUGAGCGAGCUGGGGAAGUAUAUGUGCACAACCACCCUUGUGAGUCUGUGAGGUCGCCCGGAACUGAUCCUGCUCCAGACAAGUCCCCUCAUGAUGACUCAGAGGCCCCAAGAGGAACAGAAGGCAGUAAACUCUGUCCUUCCAUCAACAGUGCCUUACUGAUGCAAAACAGUGUCUCACAGCAUGUCCCCACGCCCAGGGAAGCCAUGUCUUAUACAGGGGACCUUGUUCAAGCUUCUGAAAUGUCCAUUCUCCAUCUAGAUAAGGUGGCUGGAGAUAGUCCCCGAGGGAGACCAGUGUGUAGAGCUUUGGGUCAAAUGCCACCUAGGGAAGAAUCUGAGAUGGGAGACCUUCCUCCAGAUACUAACUUACAUGCUGCUAGCUCCAUGUCUGUGACAAUCCAGCUGUCCUCCAAACUGGCAUCACCUGCUCAGAAUGCUGUGGUCUUGGGAACGGAUUGUAGAGGAGAGAUUUUAGAAUGCACUGUGUGUGACCCUGUUACUGCAGCAGAACCAGGACUGGGGUCGGAAGCAAGACAGUUCAAUGAUGUUUCUGUUCAGACUGACACAUGGGAGCCUCCGCCCUGGCACUGCUGUUCAGCUCCAGGUAAAAAGGCCCCGCCCCUCACCAAAUCUGUCUCUUUAGACACGGGCUUCCCUAGGAACUACCCAGGGGCCAUCUGCCAAGCUGUGCCCGUCCACUGCUAUAUCUGCUGUCAUCACCACCUCCACUGCCCCGCGGAGAGGCAGAGCCCCAGCUCUAUGUCUUCAACUUGUUGGCAUUGCUUAUGCUUACAUAAUCAUCUGGAAGGCCAGCUCAUGAAGACUUUGAAAGUCCUUCAGGACACUACAGUGAGGGAACUGUAUUCUUGCACAGUCCAUGAGAUGGAAACAAUGAAGACGGUGUGCCAGAGUUUCCGGGAGUAUUUAGAAGAAAUUGAGCAGCACCUCAGAGGACAACAGGCACUGUUUUCCAGGGACAUGACAGAGGAGGAAAGGGAGGAGGCUGAGCAAUUGCAGACUUUACGGGAAGCCCUGCGGCAGGAGGUGGAGGAGCUGGAGUUUCAACUGGGAGACCGGGCUCAGCAAAUCCGAGAAGGGAUGCUAUUGGAGCUUGAGCUUCUCACAGGGGAACCACCUGAAAAUGACACAAAUCUACAUCGAUAUAACUGGACAGGAGGAAAGAGUGGCCGGACUUCAUGUGCUAAGAUCCACUCUGCCAUGCAUCCUGGGGCUGCCCUUCCUCCUGGUGAUGGCCAACAGCCUCCCUGCUCAAGGUCCCAUUUAGCUACCUUUACUCCACACAUCUUGGGGAGCAGUACCAGGAUGUCUCCGCCAUCAUGGGCAGAAUUAGAUCCAGGCCCUCCAUCAAAUUGUCCUGUUGGAGAAGAGGAUACAGAUGUCUUCCUCUAGGUCAGAGCAAGUUUGAUGACCUUCCUACAAAAUGUAAAAGCACAUGCUAGCCAGAGCAAGCAUAUCUAAAUUUUCCCUAAGGAGAAAUACCUAUCAAUCCUUCAUCAGCUGUUUUUUUAAUAUUCUACUCUAUGGUUAAACCUGGGAGGGAUAUGUUAAUAUUCAUUUGAUAUAGGAUAAGUGAGCACCUACUAUGUGCCUAGCGUAGAGUGCAAUAGCCAAGAUAGAUAGAUACAUACCUCAAGGUAUAUGUGGUGUCCAGUCUUUGCCCUGCUGAAACUUAGAGUAUGCUGGGGGAGACAGAAUGUAAACAUAUACAUAGGUAUGAAUUUGAAAACUGUGAACGUGCUUUGAAGGAAAUAUAUUAACAGGAUUUCAUGAAAAAGAGUGUACCAGGGAGUCUGAGUUAACAUCAACAUAUCAGGAGGGUCUGCUUGAACGAGUGACAAUAGCAAGAGGAAAGAAGAUCCAGGUCUCAGAGGUACCAGACUGUCCUAAAGCCUUGCGUCAGUCAGCGAGCGAGACUUACUAAGGAGGCAUCCCCCAGGUGUCAGGACCUCCUCUUGUGCUAGAGACAGAGCUAUAAACAAGACACGAUUUCUACUCACAAAGAAUUGGAGCAGGAGGGAGAGGCAGCAACCACACCAACAAACCAGUAAAUAAGAUAGUGUCAGGUCUGCGCCGUGGUGAAGACUCCGUGAUGAUAUUGUAGAAGAUGAUGUGAGAUGAAUAAUGUGCCUCGUACACCAGAGCAGUCGGCCUGGCUAAGGGGAAGCUAUAUGGAUGAGACCUGAAUGGUGAGGAUGAGGAAGCCAUGUUAAAUCUGGGGAAAGAACAUUUAAAGCAGAGGAAUGGAAAGUUUAAAGGCACUGAGACAGAAACCGCCUUCAUUGUUGAGUGAAGGAGUGACAGGGAAGUGGAGGGAGGAGAAGUCUGAGAGGUGGCCUUCAGGAUGACGGUAGGCUGGCGUCUGAGGGCCCGAGUUUUCUCCACGUGUGAGGGAAGGCCACAGUGGGUUUUAAGAAGGGCUGUCAUAUGAUCUGACUGACAUUUACAGUUCACCCUAACAGCCUUGUGAAGAAGGCACCGUUGGAGACUCACCACUGGGCAGAGUUCCCAGUUAGAAUAGAGCGCCCAGUUAGAAGGCAGCUGGCGUCACCCCCCAAGGGGAGAAGCAAAGCUGUCAAGCUGCUUCCAUCCAGCUGGGGAGGCUUGUGAGCCCCCUGCCCCCCGCCACCCCAGGGAAAGGCAGGGAGUUGUGCACAGGGGCUGCAUAUGCUGGCAGUCUCUCGGUGCGGCCGGACAAUCUAAGGAGGGGAAAUGCAUGAAGAAUGGAACUGCCAGAAAAAACUUCAUGGAAAAGAAACACCUUGAGGGAAGUUCAUCAUUUAUAUAAGAUGGGCAAGUGCAAGGACACGAAGAAGUUAUUUCAUUGGAAAUUAUCUAUUACUACUCCCUAACUCAUAGCCCAUUUCCAUUCUUCAUCCCCCUUGUGUUUUGAAAACCCUUUGGUUUUAGUGAAGCCUUUCUACCCUUCCAGCCACCCUACAGUUUCCUCUGUUGACUAUACUUCCUCAGAGUGUGGACAUCCCCCUUCCAUCCUCAAUUGUCUUCUUUGUCUGUCUCCAUACUUCAUCUUUCUCAAUAUACACACUCACUCUAGCAACCCAGUCCCCAGCUCUCUCCAGAAUUCCUCUCCAGACUGUCUACACUCCACAGAUGGUUUCAUCUGGAAGAACUAUCUCCAUGUCUCACUCAGCAUCAAUCUUUUUGCAUCUGUGUGAUACACAGCACCCCAUGACAAGAGCUUACAUCACAAUCUCUUAUUCUCAAAAGCAGCCCACGGCAAAACUGCUCAUUAGACAUGGAAAAAUAUUUUUUCUGAGAAUCUAUAUUAAAGCUAAAAACUCUAUUUUGGAGUUUGGAAUAUUGACAAAGCUCAGACGUGUUUUUGACCUGAGCUGCUUCCACAUGAAACAGGUGGAAAUGAUAUUUAGUGGUUGUGAGUUUAUACAAUCAAACUGCAUAAAAGGGACUGCCCCUGUAAGUUGCCAUAUAAAAAUAGAAGUCUUUUACCUGUGACAAGACAGACCUUCCCUCUUUGGAACCUCUCAGGGCUAAGGGAAGCAUUCCCCAUGUGAAUGAGGAGGAGGCUAAGAUAUGGAGAGAAUGAUCUAUACAAGUACACGCCGAGUCCUGCACUGUAUUUCUAAUGAAAAGCACCUGCACACUGGGAUUAAGGGGUCAAGCUCUAACUUUUUUUUUUUUCAAGCUCUAACUUUAAAUUGAGAUGCUUAAAUCCAGCUCCACUAUCGGUGUUGAAUAAACUGCUUACCCUGAGUGCCUUCAUCUGUACACUAUUAGAGUUAAUGCACGUUGAGUCCUUUAGAGCAAGCCUGCAACAUUGUUCCCAUAUGAUUCCAUACAGAGUAUGGCUCAGUGUGAUUACUAUGAUGAUGAGGAUGAGAAUAAGAGUAGAGGCAAUUUUUGAAUAUCUACUUACGUGCAAGAUACUGGGCUAAGCACUUUAUAUGCAUUGUCACCUAUCUUCACCACAAUCCUGAGAGGCAGGAAUUAAUACACACGCAUACAUGUGCACACACAUACUCAAAAAAACUGAAUUGUCUAAGUUCUGACAACUAGGAAGGGAUUGAGUUGACUCUCUGAUUCCCUGUUUUGCCAGUGGUUCACCAUUAUGGCUCUACCAAGCCAUAGGGCUUGUGUGGAGCCUACAGGUGUAUCCACAUCAACCAAGUAGCCCUGCUUCUGUCUGUGAUAUUUAUUUGCUUUAGCAGAGAUUUUCCUUCCAAAAAAAAAAUCUCCUUCUCUAUAAAAGUUUGAAAACACGGCACUAUGUUAAUGACAUAUGACUCUUGUAGUCAAACACAGGUUCUGAGUUGCUUUCUUGCAAAGUGAUGACUUGCUCCACAAAGACUCCUUGGGAACCUACCAUCCCGGCAACUCUUGGCUUACUACGGCUUGUCCCAUUGCCAAGAGUAAUGACGAGAGUUCCUUUGCAGUCCCUGAAUGGUUUUCUGGGAAAUCUCAUUGUUCUGUCUUCAAGUCCCAAGAUCCUUCAUUCUCUUUUUUAUAAAGUUAAACCUAUCCAAGUUGACUUUAUGCAGGGAAAUCCAGGCCACAUAUUUGAAAUCAGAAAUCAUUGCAGUAAAUAUUUGUACAAAGUGAAAACAUACAAAAUCUUUUAAUUAUAAAACCCAAACUCAGGGUUGGAAUUAUUCCAUUUCAAUGAAAAA